GCUGCACCCACGGCGGCGGCCCUGCCCCAACCCAGAGACGUCUAGAAAAAGGAGGAAAAAUGGCUCCGAGCAGGGACCGCCUGCUGCACUUUGGGUUCAAGGCGACAAUCUGCCUUACAGAACUAUUCAAAGUUGUUCAAGCUCAAAGGAUACGGUACCAGAUGGUAACUCGAAGAAAAAAAACACUAUGAAUGUUAGUUACAGAGAUGUUCUCAAACAGUGAUGAAGCUGUAAUCAAUAAAAAACUUCCCAAAGAACUUCUACUAAGGAUAUUUUCUUUCCUGGAUGUUGUUACCUUGUGUCGCUGUGCUCAGGUCUCCAGGGCCUGGAAUGUCCUAGCUCUGGACGGCAGUAACUGGCAACGAAUUGACCUGUUUGAUUUCCAGCGGGAUAUUGAGGGCCGGGUAGUGGAAAAUAUCUCGAAACGAUGUGGAGGCUUUUUACGAAAGUUGAGUCUUCGUGGGUGUCUCGGAGUAGGAGACAAUGCAUUAAGGACCUUUGCACAAAAUUGUAGGAAUAUUGAAGUACUGAAUCUAAAUGGAUGUACAAAGACCACAGAUGCGUAA